UAAGUCAAAACAAAAAUAAUGUUAUGGUGCUCAAUUAUCUAAUAAGUUAAGCAAUUUAAGAAAUAUUUUUCUCCUUAAUAUGAAUGCUAUCAUCGGGCUAUGCCAUUUUUGCGAAGCUCACGGCCCUCGUCCACUAUUUUGUACAUUCACCACGGAUGACGAGAACCAUACAACGGAGUCUUCGAAGUCUUCCGUUCAGUGCAGCGGGUGUACUUCUUUGGGUCCUGAAACUGUAUUAGUAUCAAGAGAAGACGAUGGGACAAUAUAUUGCAGCAGGGAAUCUGUGCCAAACGCUGGAGUAAAUACAUUCUUACGACAAGCAGCUGUAAGAAGUAUAACAUGUGAAGUGAGCUGGAGUAAAGAGGGUGGAGUAGUAUACUUCAGUGAAACACAAGGGCAUGUACUUAGUCUAAUGUUUCAAGUUAAGGAUACUAGAGCUCGAGGAUUGAAAAGAUGGUUCUCAAUUGUUGUACUGAUGAAGGAUAAAAUGUUACUCCUCAAUUUAACUCCUAUGCUAUCAGAGCAUAUGCAGAAAAUAUCGAAAGAGCUCCAACAUUUAACCGAUGAGGUGUAUGAGAAGGAACAAAGCAUCUGUUCACAAAGAGCAUUGAGGUUAAAGACGGGAAGGAAUGAUUUCGGACAAUCAAGGUCCUUAAUACAAUUAACUGGUGAUGAAAAUGUCUACAAAAGACUCCAUUCACAUUUUACAUGGAUGUUAAAAACUGGUGCUCUGACAUAUUCUGAAACUCUAUACACCAGUAAGGAUUUACUUGACAAGAUAUGUCCAAAGACAAUGAAAACCACAAUAUUUGAGCAAGACAUUUGUUUGUCAAAUUAUGAUGGUGAAGUACCAAUUAGAUCUUUAGAAAAUCUAUUAAGCAAGUCAAUAUUUAGAAUAUUGUUAUAUUGUAUUUUAACAGGAAUAGAUGUUAUAGUGAGUUCAAAUAUUACAGAAGCAGCAAACAUUAUUAAGGGAUUAUUAUUGUUUUGUCCAGUUCCUAGUGAUGCGCAAUGCAGAAUAUCUAAUGAAGAUAUUAAUGUUGCCACAUCUAAAUGUUGUAUUUUAGGGAAAAGAGAGAAUUUCGAAUGCAAAUGGUCAGGGAUACUACCUGAAAAAUGUCCAACUUUGAUGAACAGAAUAGAGGCAGCAAUUGAUAACCAAAUGUUCAAAGAUCCAACACUCCAUCAUCAUAUUAAAUCAUUAUUACUGGAGUGGUUAGGGAUUGCAAAUACUUUGAAAUCAGCAAUAUCAUCUUCAGGACGUAAAUCUGAUGCGAUAGUGAAAUUAAAACAAAUACUUGGAGUAAUGCCACAUGAUGAAGUGCUAUUAAAUUAUUGGAUGAAUACAUUUUGUAGUUAAGUAUAAACUGUGAUAUUUAAAUGUAUUUA